UUUACUGCAGUGAAAUAUGAAUUACAGUCAGACUGAAUUGCAUCAUUUCACAUCAUUUCAGUUCAAAAUCUAUGUAUGACCAGCUUUGAGUUUUCAGCACCCCCUAGAGUAAGCAGAAAGCUCUGAUGGGCUUUCUUUUCCUCUUAGAUCAUAGAAUAGUUAGGGCUGGAAAGCAUCUUAGCUGAGGUAAAAUGCUCCUUUUUUUGCCUUUUUAUUUGACUUCCUGAUACUCUGAACAUUUAAAAAUAUUUAUGGAAAUAUUGGAAAAAGCUAAAAUGAAACAUGUGAAAGUAUUAAAUAAGUGAUCAUAUUAUAAAAACACUAAUUAAAAUCCUUUCACAUGAAAACCCUACUUUAGGAAAAAAAGCCAACCAAACAAGUUUUUACCUGGCAGCUAGGAAUAAUGUUAAUAUUAAAGUGUAGAUUUACAAGCCUGUGGCUGAUGUUUUACCUACUGUAACUGCAAAAGGAGUCUAGAAGAUGUGCAAUAAGAUUUAGUAGUUGUAUACUUACCAUUCUUGCAAGAAAAUCAAGUCAUCGUUUACAUGAGGAUGGCUCAGCUGCUCCGGUUCCCUCACUGAUCCUCCACCAUGCUGUCUGGUGACUAAUUUUUUGCUUCACAAUUUUAUAUCCUUUUACACUGGUGCUUUCCCUCAUGGAUCCUUGAGCUGCUCCUUAAUCCUAUAUCAAGAAUCUCCCUUCUGUCUGCAAUUGGCUUUUAUUAUUUUAGCAUAAUUUUAAAAAUUCAGUGAAUUUCUCAGUAGUCUGAGCCAAAUGCAUGCAGCUGUCCUGUCUCAAAAUUAUCUCACAGUCAGCUGAGUCCAUAGGUGAAGAAUAAAAUAUCAUGAAAGUCCACUUCUGUUGUCCUCCUAACCCCAGUCAUCUCUAAUCAUAUGUUUUUGGCCCACCGCACCACUUACUCCCAGCUGAGCUUUCACAGGUAGGUCAUGCAACCACCGCUGAAAGGCAAUACCAUCUCAGCAGACCUACCAGCUUUCAUGAAUGUAUAAUUCAGGCAGUCUCCUGGACUGCAUCUGGGCUGCUUUGUUAGUUAUUGGUAAAACACUACAAUUCAGAUGAAGGAAGGACCCAAGAAACAGUUAUACAUUAAUAACUCCUAACAAGGAGCUGAGGGUUGCACAAGUUACUGUCUGCUGUUUCUAACAAUGUAAAUUUUGUUUUCUAACAGUGACAUUAACCUGCCAAUAAAAAGGCAACUAUUUCCCUAUCAGUUUACACUGGUAAUGCAUUAUUCAUCAUACAGAAUUAGAGAGCUUAGCUGAAGGUCUUUGAGAGAAGUCUCGAGCAAAACACCACAGAAACUUGGUAGCUAAGAUGCUGUUGAUUCUUUCCAAGCAAAAUAGAGCUCCAUCUAAAAAAAACAGUUUGACAGCUUUCUUUUAAAAAACAGGUUAAUUUGUUUGAAAGAACAUUGCAAAAAGAACUGAACAUGGGCCUGACCUCUGGAAGUUACACUUGAUACAGAGCUUUUUAUUAUUAUCAUUAUUAAUGUCAUAAUAUGUUUGCUGCUGCAACCAAAAACUUCGUUAAACAGGUUGGUGAUGGAGGAAGACUAGUUCCAGUGCCCAGUCUCAGUGAGGCUGAUAGAUAUCAACCUCUGAGCCUUGUGAUUAAGAAAAGAACAUGUUUGCUUUCAAAGAAAUCUAAAUUUGCUUCAACACCUUUCACAUUAAAAGACAUCCUGCAAGGGGAGAAAGAAAUUUCUGCAGGUGUCUCGUCUUACCAAUUGCUCAACUAUGAAGACAAAUCAGAUGUUUCACUUAAUGGUAGAAGAGGAAAUCAGAUAAUGAAUGAUGUUGGUUUUGAUGUUGCUGGAUCAGAUUCUGUUGCCUUUAAAGCUUCAUUUGGCAUUGUGAGCAAACAUGAGGUUGAAGUACCAACGUUACUUAAAGAACUUACUACAAGAAAAAUAAACUUUGAUCAUUGUCUAGUCCAUCAAUCAAGGAAAAGUAGGAUGGAAAUUCUGUGCGUGGUCAUGGAAAGUAUUAGAACUACAAGGCAAUGCUCAUUAACUGUCCAUACUGGAAUGCGUGGAGAGACAAUGAGGUUUCACUUUAUUGAAGAUCAGAAUUGUAAAGGGCGGGACAAAGCCAUUGUUUUUCCUGCACAUACAACUAUUGCUUUUAGUGUAUUUGAACUUUACAUUCAUUUGGAUGGUAAUUUUGAGCUCUGUGUGACUCCAAUUUCAAAAGGAGGAUUUGAAAAAGAGAAAUCUGGAUCAUCUUCACUGACCAAAUUAAGGAGGUUAAAGAGUAAUCUGUUUCAUAGAAAUAAAAGAGUAGUGGCUACCAUUGCUAAUUCUGAAGCUUACUUGGAGGACCUUUUUACAGAUUAUUAUGAAAAAGCUGCAAGCAUGACUGAUCUCUCUACAAGCUAUCUCAGAGAAGGGUCUCACAUCCGAAUUAAUUUACUUAAUAACAACAUCCCAAAAGGUCCCUGUGUCCUUUGUGGAAUGGGAAGUUCUAAAAGGGAGACAGUCUAUGGGUGCCUUGAGUGUUCUUUUAAUGGACAAAAGUAUGUACGACUGCAUGCUGUGCCCUGUUUUGACCUCUGGCAUAAGAGAGUAAAGUAGCCGAACUAGGUAAGUGCCUUUUGUUACAGACAUGGGCAUAACUGUGCCACACACUUUUCAGAAUUAGUAAAUAUGACUCAGAUUGUUGAAAUGCAAAAUAGUGAAAGUGCAAAACAUUUUAUUACACUAUUAUCUUGAAAUUUUUGCUUUCCAGUCCAUGAUCUUUUAUUUGAAAAUAAUGCAUUCCCUGACAUUGCUUUUCUUUCUAGAACCUUCUCUUUUCAUUACCAUGAUAAUGAAAAAUGCACUUUUAAAUUGUAUUUUCAUAAUGUCAAAAUAUAUGCUAGAACUUUAAGUUGUUUACACAAACUUGUUGUUACACUCCAAAAUCUUGCCUUUAUCUACCCUGGCAUAUGAUGAAAGUAUUUGUUAAUAAUUUAGUGUCCUCAUGAAUGUUUAACUGAAGUAUCAGAUUAAAAACAUGCUAAAACUUA